AUGAUAAACAUGGAGGAGAAUCGUGACGCAAACAAAAUAGUUUUAUUUCCUCCAUCACCGUGCGAACACGCGCGUUGCAGCGGUAGCAUUUUUCGGAGUUGUCACUGCUGUAGGGGAAAGAUAAAGUUUUGUUCGAAGAAGCAAUCAGAAUGUGAGGCGCACUGCCCAAAAUUUAACCCGCCACUUUCCCCAUAG